AUGUCGGGUCACGUGUCUGACGUUCGCGGCUCUACGGAGAUCACCGUAGAGCCUGGUUUACAACAACGGUUGGUGAUGGCUCCUGAUACUGAUGUGAGCAUUGUUACUGACGCGAGCUUGAUUGCUCCGUUUAAAGAGGCAGAAAAAUGUUCUCAAGCCCCCAGUGAGAAGAAUGAUCAGCCAUCUUCGGUCCCCAGUUGUCCGACGAUUGAUGACGACGGUCACGUAGCCACUGAAGACGAAGUGCGCAAUCUCCUCAACGUCGUCGACCAAAUUCCCACCAGGCUUUGGGUGGCCUGCCUCGCCGGUAUCCUUGAACGCUUUGUAUGGUACGGGGCAACUGCUCCUUUACAGAACUACCUUCAGAACCCUCCUGGCGGCGAAGUCCCUGGGGCUCUCGGUCUAGGACAGGCAUCCGCAUCUAAUAUUGUGAAUGCGCUAAUUAUCGGGUCUUACAUUACCCCUGUUCCUGCUGCUGCUGUUGUUGUAGUUGGCUUGGUCGUUACAAGACCAUGCUCUACGCUGCUAUGUGCUAGCAUUGAAUCUAUCGGGGCAACAAUUCUAUUCGCGACUUCACUGCCUGUUGCUAUUAACGGAGGAGUUGCUCUCGGUGGCGUAAUCCCCGCAUGUAUACUGCUGGCUGUAGGAUCAGGGGCGUUCAAAACCACCGUGGUCCCGUUUAUUGCCGACCAGUAUGAGCAAACCGAACCUCGGAUCUAUACCAAGAAGACGGGUGAGAAGGUUGUUACCAGUAGAGAGUUGACCAUUACGUAUAUCUACAAUACGUUCUACUGGGCCGUGAAUGUGGUAGGUUUCUUUGCUGAUUCCACACCAUUGUUAGAAAAAUAUGUUGGUUUUUGGGUCGCCUACUUGAUUCCUUGCUGUUGCAUGUGGCUAGCCCUGAUUCCGAUUCUUCUCGGUCGCAAUUACUUUGUUCGGGAAUCUCCAACAGGUAACAUCAUGCCAGAUGUAGUUUCUGCCUUGCGCUAUGGCAUAACCGGAGGCUUUCAAAUGGAUGCUGCAAAGCCAGACGUCCAGCUCCAACAUGGUCGUCAAGUCACAUGGACUGACUCUUUUAUCGAGGAUAUUAAGCGAAGCCUUUUAACCUGCCGAGUAUUACUCCUUUUCCCUAUUCACUGGCUCUGUUAUAAUCAGACAUUCAACAAUUUGAUCUCUCAGGCUGGGCAAAUGGUCACCUACGGCAUCCCAAAUGACAUGAUAAAAAUUGCUGGGGCCAUUUCCGGUAUCGUCGUCGCGCCCAUAAUACAGAAAGGGUUAUAUCCUUUCCUUACAAAGAAGCAGAUCUCGUUUAGUCCGAUUGCACGUAUGUCAGUUGGAUUCGCUGUUCUGACCCUUUCUAUGGUCUACGCAACCAUAGUUCAAAAGCUUGUCUAUCAAGCAGGGCCGUGCUAUGAUACACCGCUAGCGUGCCCGGCUGCGCUUAAUCGCACCGUACCUAACCAGAUUUCGGUCUUUCUUCAAAUCCCCAUCUAUUUCGGAGGCGCGUUGGCGGAAGUCUUGUGCCUGACCACGGGUACCGAGUAUGCCUAUAACCAUGCCCCUAAGAGGAUGAAGACGCUGGUCCAGUCUAUUUGGCUCGCUAUGGCCGGGCUUGGAUCAUGCUUAGCCCUUGCAUUUACGCCGCUGACCAUGGAUCCUCACUUGGUCACGAUGUAUGCUAUCUUGUCCGGACUUUUGGGUGGGGCAACAAUCCUGCUAUGGGUGCUCUUUCGGAACGUGGAUAAGGUUAAGGACGAAAGUGAGUGA